GAUCAUAUACGACAACUACGACAACCCAAAGGUACUAGGUAACACGGAUCCUACGGCAUUGGACAUUAAGAAGUACUCCCCGGAAUCUUAUCAAGGAUCAAUAAUCAUCACCACGCGGUCGUCGCAUGUCAAAAUUGGCCAUGGCAUCCCAGUCCAAAAGCUGUAGAAUGUGCAGGAUUGCCUUAAGAUCCUGUGGAACGCGUCAAGAGGCGAAGGAUUGAACAAUGGUAAGGUAAUUUUUGACCCUAUGGAGAGGAUACUAACUAGGACGACAGAUCCCGAUGCUAUCAAGCUCGUCAAAGAAUUAGACGGACUUCCUCUUGCACUUGCGACCGCCGGAGCAUAUCUUGAUCAAGUGAUGACCGGUUUGGCUGAGUACCUUCAUCUAUAUGAAGAAUCAUGGUUGAAACUAAAAGAGAAUAGUCCUAAACUAAACUCGUACGAAGAUCGAAUGCUCUACACCACAUGGGAUAUCUCAUACAAGCAUGUGGAACAACAGAACCGACUUUCGGCUCAGAUCCUUCAGCUGUGGGCGUAUUUUGACAACCAGGACCUCUGGUUCGAGCUUCUCUGUCACGACGAUUCAAGUGAUCCAGAAUGGAUCCAAAAACUCACUGAAGAACGAACAAACUUCGAUGCAGCGGUUCGAGUGUUGUGUAACCACGGACUGGUGGAAGCAAACUCGUUCUCACGGGAUUCAGUGGAGUCGGGAGGGUGCAGAAUGCAUAGUUGUGUACACUCAUGGACUAUGCAUGUACUAAAUUACUAAAUCCAG